GAAGGAAUAUCGGAAGGGGAAAACCUGGCAACUCAGCGAAGAGUAGUGAGAGAGAGGGGGUGUGUCUGCUGCAAGUUAGUCUGACAUUUGAAGCAGAGAAGGCAUGGCGUCCUCUACGGGCUACACUGAGAUUCCUACUGUGAACCCUCUCGCUCACUGUGACCCCAGCAGUGAUGCCUCAGUUCUGCGGAAGGCCAUGAAGGGGUUUGGCACGGAUGAGGCUGCCAUCAUCGGUGUGCUGUCUCACAGGAGCUCUGACCAGCGGCAGCAGAUCUUGCUCAAAUACCAGCAGGGCUAUGGCAGGGACGAGGAUGGAGCAGGGGCAGAGAAAGGCCUCACAGGGGAUCUGGUGAAGGAUCUGAAGAGUGAGCUGAGUGGCAAGUUUGAGGAGGCCAUUCUGGCUUUGAUGACACCACUGCCAUUGUACUUGGCCCAGGAACUGCACCACGCCAUGCAGGGGAUUGGCACCAACGAACGCACCCUGGUGGAGAUCCUGUGCACACGUGACAACCAGUCCCUCAUGGCCAUCAAGAAUGCCUACCACCACCACUACCGCAAGAAGCUGGAGGAUGACCUCCGUGGAGACACCUCUGGGGACUUCCGCCGCCUCCUCAUCUCAAUGUGUGCUUGCAGCAGGGAUGAGACCAACUGUGAUCCAGCUCUGGCCCCCAACCUGGCACAGCAGCUCUACAAGGCUGGUGUGGGGAAGGUCGGCACAGAUGAGGCUGAAUUCAACCGCAUCCUGUCCACUUACUCAUACCCGAUGCUGCGUCUUGUCUUUGACGAGUACAAGAAGAUCAAGGGCAAGUCCUUUGGUGAUGCCCUGGACUCUGAGCUCUCUGGGGACCUCAAAUUGGGCAUGAUGGCAGUUUACGACUGCAUCCAGAACCGUGCUGCUUACUUCGCCAAGGAGCUGCAUGACUCCAUGGCUGGGAUGGGCACCAGGGACCGCGCUCUCAUCCGUCUGGUGGUGUCCCGAUGUGAGAUUGACAUGGGCAACAUCAAGCAGGAGUACCACAAGAUGUACAGCAAGUCCCUGGAGCACGCCAUCAAGGGUGAUACCUCAGGAGACUACAAGAAAUUGCUCAUCGCACUAGUUGGUGCUUAGCUUACUAGAUAAGUUUUGUCUUGCUUCUUGAAUGCCCUUCUCUCACCUCGUGUUUUCCUGGCACCAAUGAUUUUUUUCGUCACCCAGAAUGACACCUCCGGAGAUCUCAAGAAACUCCUCAUUGGUAUGGUAGAGGGUUAAGUGUGUUGCUUUACCCUUCACUGACACUGCCACGAAGACUCUGCUGCCCUAACACUGCCCUUGAUUCUCCUACUACCAAACCUGGCUUGUAAAAUUCCUUGAUUAAUGGUGUGUGUGUGUGUGUGUGUGUGUGUGUGUGUGUGUGUGUGUGUGUGUGUGUGUGUGUGUGUGCUAGCUAGCUUACCACCCAUUACUCACAUUGUAUACAUGGUUGUACCUGCUUGGGGAACAUACGUGGUACUGCCCACCAGCUCAGUAAUGACAUCCUCACUUGUCAUUUAGCAGGUGAAGGUUUGUAAUCACUCAGGUGCAAAGAUUUUCACUGAUCAUCAAUCAGUUACUGUCUUCCUUGAGCAAGAGAAUGGGACAACUGUGUUGUGUGUGAAAGAUUUAAGAUGUAUCCAUCAAUUGGCCCAUAUGGUCUCUUAAGGUGUCACUGGGAAGAUACAUCCGGUUAUCACAGUUCCACCACUGGUUUCUCAAGAUCAGAUAAAUUACACUCCCACCCCCACUAAGGCACACACACUGGCUGCCAUCAUGUUACCAAAGAUUUGUGAGCAACAGCCGGUAGUAUUGGUGAUUCUCUUCAUUGGGUCUCACAAGGCAGUGUGAGGGUCAGUACUGCAUCUUUUGAAGGCAAUGUGUCUUGUAGUCUUGGUCUGACACAUGUGUAAUGAAGGAACACAUGUUUAGGUUUGAGAAGUUUUCAGGUUAUUUUCCAGUGCUAUCAAAGUUUUUCUUCUUUGACUACAAUAUCUCGAUAUUGCUUCAAUAUCAGCUGAACAUUUUUACUCUUUUAUUAGUGAUGAACUUGAGAGAAAGUAGUUUUCCAAAUAGUAAUAAAUGUUCAUAUACACAGUGUGUGUGUUGAAAAUGACUUUGUUCAUCCUCAGAGGGAAUCAUGAAUCACACACACAGUGCUGAUUGAGCUGAAGAAACAAUUUGUCACUUACAUCAACUCAGGAUUAAAGUUUGUGUUUAUUUCAGUUUGAGAAUAGAUGUCAUCUCCAUAAUCUGUAGUGAUCCAGUUGAUGUUAAUUAUGCUCGGACAGAAACACCUGCCUUUCGGUGCCACUAAUGUGAUGUGCAUCAGGUGACAUCAUUGCACAAAGGCUAACCAUGUUUGCAUAAUUUCAUUAAUAGUGUCUGUACCACAUGCAUAUGUCAUACAUGUACAAGCUUACCGUCCAUAGAGCAGACAGUUCAAGUAAUGCUCCUUUUCUCUGUGCCUGCAUGUGGUCACUUGAGAUGGUGGGGAGAACUGCCUUGUGAUGACAGGUGCUGAGGUUAAGACAACACUAAAGCCACACAUAUGGAAACAUUCUAAUGUGCCUCUUAAACUCUGGUGAACACAUAAAUAUGGAUAACUUUCUUGUAGUCAAGUUUUAUUUUCUCAUAAACCUAAAACAGUUAAUGGAGAUAUUUGAGCCUUACAGGAUUUUUGAGAUGCUGUUAUGUUUCUGUAGUAUUCUUACCAAGACUUCUUAAAGUCUGAAAGGCUUGUAAAGAGCAUCUGGGAAGUCUUGGACACUUCAGGGCCAAAAAGGAAAAAAAAUAAUUACAUUGAACAUCUACAAGAAAUACCAGUACAUUUUUUAUUUAUUUUUUUAUUUUUUUAUGCAUUAUAUUUGUACUAGAUGUUAUUAUGCUUAUUUUGAUUCUUCCUGUCAGUAUUUUUAGGUGUUUCUGUAAUAGUUUUCUUGUUAAAUAUUUAGCAUUUAUUUCGUAAGUACUUUGUUUUAAGCUAAGUUCAAAAUGUAAUGUGGCUUUAAAUUUUGCUUUGAAAUCUUGUUUACUCUCAGCCACAAAUUGUUGCAACAGUGUGUUUGUCAUCCAUGAAAGAGACUCCAUGCUGUUUCAGUCUUGUCAAAGGGGAGAUUGAAUUAGGACCUUAAGAAAACCAAAACAUCUUAUGUGAGGUUUUCAUCUGAGUUAUUAAUAUAUUAAUUUGUGUUAUGGCAUGAAGGUUGUAUGUCCCUAUUUUUAACAUGAAAAACAACUGGUGCACAAACUUGAAGGAGACUACAUAAUAUAUUCCUACAUAGACAACUUGAUCAGCUUCCUUCAGUCCUGUGUUGUGUAUGUAUAUUCAAGGAUUUGUCAUAAUAUCAUAUAUAGCCUUAACUUUAUAUGCAAACUGUCUUUUACUUUUAUAAAUAGUGAAUCAUGUUACAACUAUGCAUGUGUAAAACUAUAUUGAUCAGAGAUUUUAUAUUGCAGCAUGGUAACCUCUUUUUUGUUGCCUGGCUUACUGUAAAGGUGUGUACAGGCUGUACCAAGAUGGGGGUUUUUAAUCAUUCUAUCUGUGUAAUCAAUCUCAUCAAUGCUGUAUGUACUUAAAGCUCUAUUCUGUCAUUCCUGGAAGGUACUUAUUGCAGGAGACACGAACAGCGGAAGGUGUGCUCUUUUUGAUGACAAAUUAAAUAUGCCAUUGAA